AUUUGGGGAAGCCUCUGAUCAGUGACCUGAGGGAGCCGGAAGAACCUCGGAUGCAGACACCCCAGGGAAGCCCGCUAGUCCUUCCUCACACCUUGCAGGAGCUGUUGAGCAAAGACACAAUCCAGGUGCAGCUGAUCCCAGAGAAAAAGGGGCUCUUUUUGAAGCACGUGGAAUAUGAAGUCUCCAGCAAGCGUUUUAGGUGCUCCGUUUACCGGCGGUAUAACGACUUUGUGGUCUUCCAUGAGACACUCCUUCAGAAGUUCCCCUACCGCAUGGUCCCUGCCCUGCCUCCCAAAAGAAUGUUAGGAGCUGACCGAGAAUUCAUCGAGACCAGACGCCGGGCGUUGAAGCGUUUUGUCAAUCUGGUGGCCCGACACCCUCCUUUUUCAGAAGAUGUGCUUCUGAAGUUUUUCCUCUCUUUCAGUGGGUCGGAUGUGCAGAACAAGCUGAGGGAGCUGGUCCAGGGUGUGGGAGACGAAUUCAUGACCUGCAAGUUAGCAACUCAGGCGAAGGAAUACUUGCCGGCCGACAUCCAGAUGCAGUUUGCAGCCAGCCGAGAGUUGAUCAGGAACAUCUACAACAGCUUUUACAAACUCCGGGACCGGACCGAGCGGAUAGCAUCUCGGGCAGUUGACAACGCCUCCGACCUCCUCCUGUUUGGGAAGGAGCUAAGUGCUUUGGGCUCGGACACCACCCCGCUGCCUUCCUGGGCGGGUCUCAACAGCAGCGCUUGGGGCAACCUGAAGCAAGCGUUGAAAGGGCUCUCCGUGGAGUUUGCCAUGCUGGCCGACAAAGCCGUGCAGCAGGGUAAACAGGAAGAGAACGAUGUGGUGGAGAAGCUGAACCUUUUCCUGGACUUGCUCCAGUCUUAUAAAGAUCUGUGCGAGAGGCACGAGAAGGGUGUGUUGCACAAGCACCAGAGAGCUUUGCACAAAUACAGCAUGAUGAAGAAGCAGAUGAUGAGUGCCACGGUGCAGAACAAGGAGCCGGAGUCGGUAGAGCAGUUAGAAUCCCGAAUCGUGGAGGUAUAGUCCCGUGGCUCUAACCUUAACCCUAAACCCGUGCUGGCCAACCAAAGAG